UGUUUCCUUAAACCCUAAACCCUUGCAUUGCUGUGAUUUGUGGUGUAGCAGCUUCACUUCUCCAAAAAAUUCCCAGGGAGGAUGCAUUUCUCUACGCUUAUUCGACUGAAGAGAGGUUGCAGAGACUUCCGUUGUGUGGACCACUGCCUCACCUUCGUCCGUGCCAUGGGAGGUGGUCCGCGGACGUUUCCCGGUGGGCUCAACAAGUGGCAAUGGAAACGCCUCCACGAGAAGAAAGCACGGGACAAGGAAAGAAGACUCCUUGAGCAUGAGAAGCAGCUUUACCAAGCCCGAAUCCGAUCUCAAAUUCGGGCUAAACUCUCCCCACCUCCCCAACAAGCUAGCGCCGCCGUCGCCCAAAACCCGCCGUCUGAUCCUAAUCAGCCCAGUUAUGCCCCGAUGACCCCCCAAGAACAAAUCAAAGCCCUCGCUGAUAGGUUUAUGAAGGAAGGUGCUGAAGAUUUGUGGAAUGAAGAUGAUGGCCCUAUCCAGGCUCCUGCACCGGAGCCGCGCCGCAGGGUGGUUGGUGAGCCUAUUAAUUUACGGAGAUUAAUUUCGGAAAAUUCAAAUUCUGGCCAGACUUCUGGGAGUUUGAGUGGUUUCUCAAACUUUAGACGUUUCUCGAGUGACACCAGGAGUUCUGUGAGGGGACUUAAUUUUGCAGGUCAUGGAGAAAAUGUAAGUUUGGAAAAUUUGCCUACUUGGUCAAGAGAAAGGCAUUUUCCCAUUUUUGCACAAAGAAUUGGUGAUUUUAAAGGAGGGAAUAUUACAAUUUGGCAUAGUUUUUUGACAUCUAGAUGCUAUUCUUUUGAUGCAAAGAGAAUGAAUAAGUUGGAGAGGUUUGAUUUUCCAAGAAAUAAGAGUUUGAAAACUGAGGAUGAUUCAAAGCGGGAUGCAUUGGGAUCAAGAGGAAGAAGAACAAAGUGGCCGAGGAUUACAUCAAAUGUGAUUGAUUCAUCUGAUGACGAUGACGAUGAGUCUGAUGAUGAGGCGGGGGAGGGAAGUGUGGCUAAUGUUAAGAGAAUGAGUAGUGCUGCUUUGGGGAUGUAUGAUAUGAAGAUAAAAAAGCGAAUACCAUUGCAGCUUGUAGAAGAUGAGUAUGAUUUAUCACAGCACGUGGAGGAAAUUCGGAAGGAGGUGAAUCAAAGGAGAUUGGAGAAAAGUGGAGGGGAAGAAGAGGAGGAAUCUAUUCUUAGUUUAAAAAGGUUUGAUGAAUGCGAGAUAUCCCCAUUGACAGUGAAGGCACUUACUACAGCAGGAUACAUGCAAAUGACUAGGGUGCAAGAGGCUACUCUUUCUGCUGCCCUUGAAGGAAGGGAUGCUCUAGUCAAAGCGAGGACUGGCACUGGGAAAAGUGCUGCUUUUUUGAUUCCUGCUAUUGAAACAGUUCUGAAACCAAUAAGGAGCAGGACAGUUGAAAGGGUCCCGCCAAUAUAUGUGCUAAUAUUGUGCCCUACACGAGAACUUGCUAGUCAGAUAGCUGCAGAAACAAAUGUGUUGUUGAAGUACCACGAUGGCAUUGGGGUGCAAACACUGGUUGGAGGAACGCGCUUCAAGGUGGAUCAAAAACGUUUGGAGUCAGAUCCAUCCCAGAUUAUAGUGGCAACACCAGGUAGAUUGCUGGACCACAUUGAGAAUAAGUCUGGAUUCUCUACGCGGUUGAUGGGAUUGAGGAUGCUUAUAGUCGAUGAAGCAGACCACUUACUAGACCUUGGGUUCCGUAAAGACAUGGAAAAGAUUGUUGAUUGCUUGCCUCGACAACGGCAAUCUUUACUCUUUUCAGCUACGAUUCCAAAGGAGGUUCGCAGAAUAUCUCAACUUGUACUGAAAAGAGAACAUGCAUAUAUUGAUAUUGUGGGGCUUGGUUUGGAGACUAAUGAAAAGGUUAAGCAAUUUUAUCUUGUUGCACCACAUGAACAACAUUUUCAAAUAGUGCACCAGCUUUUGAGGGGUCAUAUCUCAGAAGUGCCUGAUUACAAGAUCAUUGUUUUUUGUACAACAGCAAUGAUGACAUCUCUCAUGUUUUCUCUAUAUCGAGAGAUGAAAAUGAAUGUCAGAGAGAUACAUUCUAGAAAACCUCAACUUUAUCGGACUCGAAUCUCUGAUGAAUUCAAGGAAAUGAAAGGUGUAAUUCUCAUAACAUCUGAUGUUUCAGCCCGUGGAAUGAAUUAUCCAGAUGUCACAUUGGUUAUUCAGGUAGGGAUUCCGGUGGAUAGGGAGCAAUAUAUACAUCGACUUGGAAGAACAGGGCGUCAAGGCAAAGAUGGAGAAGGCAUCCUAUUGAUUGCACCUUGGGAGGAAUAUUUCUUGGAUGGACUGAAGGACCUCCCAAUUCAGAAAUGUGAUUUGCCAUAUUUAGAUCCUAAUAUUACAGCAAAGAUGGAAGAGUCUAUGGCAAAUAUCGAUGCCAGUGUGAAAGAGGCGGCGUAUCAUGCUUGGCUCGGAUACUAUAACUCGAUCAGGGAAAUAGGCAGAGACAAAACAACACUUGUUUCAUUGGCCAACCAAUUUAGCGAGUCAAUUGGUUUGGAGAAGCCCCCCUCGCUGUUCCGGAAAACAGCAGUAAAGAUGGGAUUGAAAGAUAUUCCUGGAAUUCGAUUAAGGAAGUAGCUGUGCAUAUAUGAUGGAUUUUCUUCCAUGACUUGAUCUGGUUUUAACACAAACAGUAUUUGUUACAUCAACGUGGGUAUUUGAAUUUUCACUAAUUUCAACAGUGACAGAUUCUUUAUGUACAUAUUUUUUAGUUUAAUUCUUGAGAUUUUUAGUCUCUUUUGCUUGAAA